AGUGACAUUUCCACUGCAUACCGGAUUGCUUACGGACGAGUUUUUCAAUCUAAAUUAUUUUCGUUUUUUUGUGGGUGACAUUAGUGAAAUUGUUCAAAAAUGGAAGGAGACAUGGAAUCUGAUGAUGAAAUGAGUCAAUAUGAGAAAAUGUGCUCAGCCAAUGUGAAGCCAGGCAUGUUUGUAAGUGGCUGGGACGAUCCCGCAGAUUUGGUACAAGAGGACAAAAAUCCGCACGAAUCCCUGGACCGUGAAAUUUUGUGGGCAGCGAACGAAGGCAAGAUUGAUGUGAUACGGGAAAUACUCCAUCUCGAUCCUGAUUCUGUGAAUUCAGUGGAUGACGAUGGCUAUACCCCAUUGCACAGAGCUUGCUACAACAAUUUCGUUGAUAUUGCCGAGCUACUGCUCAAAUUCAAAGCAAACCCAAAUGCCCAAACUGAACUCAAGUGGACUCCACUGCACUCAGCUUGCAAGUGGAGCAAUGCCGAAUGUGCUGCGCUUCUUCUUCAACACGGAGCCGAUGUGAACGCAAAAUCUGAUGGACUCCAAACGCCACUUCAUAUAGCAGCCACGGUAUCGAAUUGUCGAAAUGUUGCAUCCAUUUUACUGUUGGAUCGGAAUAUUGAUCCGGAUGCAUUGAAUAAUUCAGAAGAGACUGCAGCGGAUAUCGCGAAAAGAACUGGAUUGACAUAUCCUGUGUUCGAGAUGGGACAUUCGGCGUAUCGUGUUGAGACUGGAUUGAUUGAUUAGGGAGACGAAGAAUACUUGCUAACUAUGCUUCUUCUUGUGUGAAGUGCUUAGAGUGAUUGAAACUAAAUUAUAUACAAAUUAUGAAAUUUAUUCAAUAAAACGAAUUUGUGGAUGUAA